AUGGUCUUAGAAUUGGUUGGUGGUGCCCUUCUCUCUGUCUUCCUUGAGGUUGCAAUAGACAGAUUGGCUUCCCGUCAAGUUGUGGACUUCUUUCGUGGAAGAAAGUUAGAUCAGACUCUACUGAGCAAGUUGGGAAUCAAGCUUCAGUCCAUUGAUGCUGUUGCUGAUGAUGCAGAACAAAAGCAGUUCAAGGAUGCACGUGUGAAGGUAUGGCUUGGGGCUGUCAAAAAUGCUGUGUUUGACGCAGAGGACAUUUUGGAUGAAAUAGAAUAUGAACUCUCCAAAUGUAAACCGGAAGAUGAAUCUGAAUCUCAGACCUUUACAGGCUGUACUUGCAAGGUACCAAAUUUAUGUAAAUCUUAUUCUCUUUGUUCCUUUAACAAGGAAAUUAAGUCUAGGAUGGAACAAGUCCUAGACCGCCUAGAAUUUCUCUCAAACCAAAAGGGUGAUCUAGGAUUGAAAAAGGCUAGUGGUGUAGGAUCAGGAUCACGAUCUUGGAGUACAGUGUCACAAAAAUUGCCAUCAACAUCUUUGAUUGUUGAGAGUGUUGUUUAUGGAAGAGAUGAUGAUAAAAAAAUGAUCUUUCAUUGGCUCACAUCUGACAGUGACAAUGGUAACCAGUUAUCCAUACUCUCUAUUGUGGGCAUGGGCGGGUUGGGUAGGACCACACUUGCCCAACAUGUAUACAAUGACCCAAGGAUAGAGGAUAAAUUUGAUAUUAAAGCCUGGGUUUGUGUUUCUGAUCAAUUUGAUGUUUUCGAAAUAACAAGAACUAUUCUUGAGGCAAUCACUAAAUCAACUGAUGAUAGCAGAGAUUUAGAGAUGGUUCACGGACGAUUGAAAGAACAAUUGACAAGUAAGAAAUUUCUUCUGGUUUUGGAUGACGUGUGGAAUGAAAAACAAAAGAAAUGGGAACUCGUACUGACCCCUCUUAAGUUUGGGGCUCAAGGAUGUAAAAUAAUUGUCACCACACGCCACAUGAAUGUGGCUUCCACUGUGGGAUCAAAUAAAAUACAUUCCUUAAGCGAGUUACGAGGUGAUCAUUGUUGGCAAUUGCUUGCUACGCAUGCGUUCAGAAAUGAUAAUCCUCAACCAACUCUAGAGCGUAAGGAGAUUGGUAUGAAGAUUGUGGAAAAAUGUGCAGGACUGCCUCUAGCCUUGACAACAAUUGGAAGUCUAUUAAACAAAAAGUCAUCUGUUUCAGAAUGGGAAAGAAUAUUGAAAAGCGAGAUAUGGGACUUUCCAGAAGAAGAUAGUGAUAUUGUCCCUGCUUUAAAACUCAGCUAUCACCACCUUCCUUCCCAUCUCAAAAGAUGUUUUGCUUAUUGUGCUUUAUUCCCCAAAAAUUAUGUGUUCGACAAGGAGUAUUUAAUUCAGUUGUGGAUGGCUGAAAAUUUUCUUCAUUGUGGUCAACAGACUAAGAGUCCAGAAGAGCUUGGUGAAGAGUACUUCAAUAAUCUAUUGUCAAGGUCCUUCUUUCAACAAUCAAGCAUUACAUCCAAAAGCUGUUUUGUCAUGCAUGACCUUCUCAACAAUUUGGCUAAUUAUGUUUGUGGGGACAUUUGUUUCAGAUUGGAAAUUGAUAAACAAAAAAAUAUACCAACAACAGCCUGUCAUAUUUCAGUUGCAAUUAAUCAUGUUCGAUCUUUUGGUGGGUUUCAAACUUCAUGUGACACUAAAAGGUUUCGUACAUUUAUGCCAACAAGUGAAAACAUGAAUUUUCUUAAUGAGCGUUGGUAUUGCAAGAUGUCGAUACAGAGUUUAUUCUCAAAGUUUAAAUCCUUACGUGUCUUAUCUUUGUCUCAUUGUUCAAACCUCACAGAAGUGCCUGACACUGUAGGCAAUCUUAAACAUCUCCGUUCGUUAGACCUCUCCAACACAGACAUAAACAAUAUACCUGAAACAACAUGUUCACUCUACAAUUUGCAAAUACUGAAGCUGAACAAUUGUACAAAUUUGAAGGAACUGCCCUCAAAUUUGCAUAAGCUCACCAAUUUGCGUCGCCUUGAAUUAAUAGAUACUCUACUGAAAAAGGUGCCGCCGAAUUUAGGAAAACUGAAGAAUCUUCAAGUAUUGAUGAGUAGGUUUGAUGCUGACAAAAGUAAGGAGUUAGGUAUUCAGCAGCUACGAGAACUCAAUCUUCAUGGGAGUCUAUCAAUUGGGGAGCUGCAAAAUAUUGAGAAUCCCUCAGAUGCAUUAGCAGUGGAUUUGAAAAAUAAAACAAGACUUUUGGAUCUAAAGUUAAAUUGGGGUUUGGAAGAGAACCCUGAUGAUUCAGCAAAAGAAAGGUACGCAACUGUGCUUGAUAAUCUACAACCUUCAAAACACUUGGAGAAGUUGUCAAUCAAGAACUAUGGUGGCACACGAUUACCAAGCUGGUUAAAUGAUAAUUCAUUAUCUAAAGUAGUGUGCUUAGUGUUGGAUAGCUGUAAAUCUUGCGCAUGUUGGCCUCCCGUUGGACUUUUGCCACUUCUCAAGGACCUGGAGAUUACAAAGCUUAAUGGGAUAAAGAGUAUUGAUGCUGACUUUUAUGGUAGCUGCUCUUCAUCAUUCUCAUCGUUAGAAACAUUGAAGUUCUCCUUUAUGGGAGAAUGGGAAAAAUGGGAAUGUCAAGCUGUCACAAAUGCUUUUCCAUGUCUUCAAAUUCUUUCUAUAUGGAAUUGCCGCAAGCUGAAGGGGAACCUACCAGACAAACUUCUACAUUUAAAGAUGUUAGAUAUCAAUCGCUGCCAUCAACUUGUGUCUUUUCUUCCUGUGGCCCCUGAAAUCAGUGUACUAAAACUAUGUCACAUUGGAAAGCUGCAACUGGAUUAUCAACCGGCCAAUUUAAAACAGCUCACCAUUGGGGGACACAAUAUAGAAGCAUCAUUGCUGGAAAGAACUGGGCAAAUCAUAUCUGAUACUUCUCUUGAACGCUUGUUCAUCUAUUCUAGCCCAGAAAUGAAUAUUCCCAUGAGUUGUUUCAACCAUUUUCUUACAUGCUUGAAGAUAAGUGAUGGUUGUGCCGAUCAAAAAAAAAAAAAAAAUAAGUGA